CCACGGAGAGGGGACGCUGGAUGCUGAGACGAGGACGAUGCGGGCGGCGCUCUGGACGGGCUCCCUGUCUGCUCCGGGUCUUUGCAUGAUGUAGGAGAUGGAUGGACAAAAGCUAAAUGCUUCCUAUUGCAUCUGCAGAGCUUUUUGAAGUUUCUCUGCAUUUCCUCACUUCCCCGUGCCUGCGGUUUAUGUUGCCAUCUAGCUGUUGACUCACGAGAACCCUUCCCGUGUCUGCUAAAUGGUGAAAUGUGAAAGUCCCACGGCGACUAAAAAUAUAUGCCAGCCGUUCUGCGUCGAGGAGCCGCAAGAUGUGGUUUCUGUGGCCAAAAGUCUGCUAUUUUUCUUACGAUGGAAAGGCUGGUUGUCUACCUACUGGUUAUUAGCACAGCCGUGAAGGCCAUGAUGUGCCCCAAAAGAUGCAUGUGUCAAAACCUGUCUCCGUCCUUCACCAUCCUCUGUACGAAGACGGGGCUCCUCUUCGUGCCCCCCAGCAUCGACAGGAGAACGGCAGAGCUGAGGCUGAUGGACAACUUCAUCACGACACUCAGGAGAAAGGAUUUUGCGAACAUGACCAAUCUCAUUCACUUGACGCUGUCGAGGAAUACAAUAAGUCAAAUCAUGCCUUACGCAUUUUUUGAUCUGAAAGGCCUUCACGCUUUACACUUGGAUAGUAACCGACUGACCUAUAUCAACGAAGAUCAUUUCAAAGGUCUGAUCAACCUUCGGCAUUUAAUACUCAGUAACAAUCAGCUAAGCUAUAUCUCUCCCGGCUCGUUGGAUGACUUUAUUGAAACCAUCGAAGACCUGGACCUGUCCUACAACAACCUUGUGAACGUUCCCUGGGAAACAAUCGCCAAACUUUCCAACGUCAACACGGUCAGCUUGGAUCAUAACCUCAUCGAGUUCGUGCCGGAGGGAAUCUUCUCCAAUCUUCACAAGCUUGCCCGUCUGGACAUGACCUCCAACAAGCUGAAGAAGAUCCCUCCCGAUCCGUUGUUCUCCAGGAUCCCCGUGUACGCCAAGUCCAAAGGAUCUCCGCUGUCAUCUUUGGUGCUGAGUUUUGGGGGCAACCCUUUGCACUGCAACUGCGAGCUGGUGUGGCUGAGGCGCCUCACCAGAGAAGACGACCUGGAAACCUGCGCCUCCCCGCCGGAGCUGAUGGGCAAAUACUUCUGGUCCAUCAAAGAGGAGGAAUUUGUCUGUGAGCCCCCGAUGAUAACGCACCGAACCCCCAAGCUAACCGUAACGGAGGGCCAAAGCGUCUCUUUGAAGUGUAAAGCUGUGGGCGAUCCGGACCCCUACGUUCGCUGGAUUGCACCCGACGGGAAGCUGGUCUCUAACACCUCGAGGACGAUUUCUUACGAGAACGGGACCCUGGAUAUUUUGGUGACGUCUCUGACGGAGAAGGGCACGUUCACCUGCAUCGCAUCAAAUGCCGCGGGAGAGUCGACGGCUCCGGUGGAGCUCCUCGUUACCCCGUACCCCAACCUCGCUAACAGCACCAACUGCGAUAAAGACGCGGAGCCAGGCCCCUCGGAUAUUCUGAUAUCUGCCAAGUCGAGCUUUCCGAACGAGACGAAGGCUCAGCAAGAGAAGGUGGUGGUGGUCGCCGAGCUGACCUCGUCCUCUGCUCUCAUCCAGUGGCCUUCUCAGCACCACCUCCCCGGGAUCCGCAUGUACCAGAUCCAGUACAACAGCUCCUCUGAUGACAUCCUCGUCUACAGGAUGAUCCCUGCUGCUAGUAAAUCCUUCUUCUUGACUGAUCUGGUUGCAGGACGUGAGUACGACCUCUGUGUCCUUGCUGUUUAUGAUGAUGGCUUGACAUCUUUGACUGCAACCAGAGUGAUCGGAUGCGUGCAGUUCACAACCCAGGAGGAAUACAAGCAGUGCCGAUCCCUUCACGCGCAGUUUCUUGGAGGAACCAUGAUCAUCAUUAUUGGGGGCAUCAUUGUGGCUUCAGUUCUUGUCUUCAUUUUCAUCCUCCUCAUGAAAUACAAAGUCUACAACAAUCACCACAAAAACAAAACUACUAAAGUUAAUAACGUCUGCUCUCAAACCAAUGGAAGUCAAAGUGGCUCGAUGGCUCGAUCCACUUCUAAACUGGCAGAGAGGCGGGAAAGUUUGCACCAGGAGUGCUCGGGAUCUUCCAGCAAAGGAAAAACUGUUGUAGACUUGGAUUGUGAAAAAGUGACUCCAACCAACACAACGUUUUUAACAACCGAUGCGUUAUCUUAAUGGCCAUUUGACAGGACACACCAAGGUGGUAUUGCUUGAAACAUUUUAAUGCGAGUGGUUGUAUUUUAAGCUUCACUACUAUUGUCUAUUUUUAAGAUCAGAUGGUUUAAAAAAUAUUUUUUUAAUCUGUAAACAGUUCUUGCAUUCUUAACUAUUUUGUUUCAAUAUAUUAAAUAUAAGUGUGUGAUUUACAAGAUUUUUUUACUGGUUCUUUUAUAGCAUACACCUCUGGUAUCAAGGCAGCAACAUAGCUAAAUUCUGACUAGGUUUGUCUGUAGUGAAAUGCACUAUUUUUUCAUUUGGUUACUGACCAGCAGCAAAGACGUACUCUCAGGAUCUUCAGACUUCUUUUCUCACAGCAGAGUCACCAAACUACUCAUCUCUUCAAGGAAUGAUGUGUUAUAGAAAGUCUCAAUGCGGAGUUAUUUAUUGCCAUAGGUAUGUUGUAUACAUGCUGCUCACAAAAGAAGUAAAAUUAGUAGAGGUUCCCUAUGGAAAAAAAAUAAAUAAAAAUAUAAGCACUACUUUAAAAAGAAAAGAAAUAAAGAAAAUUGAAAGUACUUUAAGUACUUUACCAUAUUCUCUUGGAAUUAUUCGCUGGCACAGAAAUAUGGACUCGUAUUGUUUGCUUUGUAACAGCUGUUAUCUGUCUAGGCUGUGCCUUCGAGAAACCUCCUCUUGUUCUUGGAAGUCAGAUUUACCUCUGGGCAGGACGAAGCCCCCGCUUUUUGUUCUUCCUAAAUUGUAAAACUUCACGAACCGGUUGAAAUCAGGUGUGUUCCACUGUGCACGUUUUUGCUAUGCUGAAACCCAUGCCAUAGUCUCCCGCUCCGAAAGCUGAAGGUAUUUUUCUCUCUUUUUAUUUCGGUGGUAAAUUUGCUGAGCGAGGACCCGCAGAUGAAAGCUCCCGUGUCCUGAGGCACACUGCACAAUCUCACUGUGACACCUCAUCUUCCGAUGGCUUUUAUACCAGUCUCUUCUUUCUGUAAUGCUGCAUGAAGUGUAAUGUAACUGGCUGAUAGAUGAAUUAUGUGAAUGUGUCCGGUCAAGUCAUUUUAACGCAUCAUAUGGAAUGAAAUGUUCCUUUUGUUUCAAGGGAUACUGGCAAAUCGAGAUGGACCCAAAGUUUAGGUUUUGAAAUAUGCACAAGAGGAAUUGGUGACCUCGACCAAACAAAAUGUCAUCUCUGCCAUCCUCAUUGGUCGCUGAUCCUUUGCAAAGUACCUAGCUCUGUAAACAAAACAAGAGAAACCAAGGAUACCUUUUAUUUAUUGAAGCUCAAGAAACGGAACGAAAAAGCAAUUGACAGGAGAGGCUUGCGAGCUGAGUGACUUUACAUCUUUUCAGGUGAUUGAGAUCUAAUUUAGCAAAGAAAAGUAUUUCUCCUAACGUUGUCCCUUUAACUGUCUAUAAAUAUUUCUCCUGUUUGAAUAUGAAAGAAUGCUCAAGAAAAGUUACCUGGUGGACAGCUGGAAGCUGUUUAACUCCACUAAAAUUAAAUACUAUAUUUUAAUACA